AUGCCUUAUAUAGAUGACGGAUUUGAGGCUCUGUUAGAGCCUUUUUACAACGGAAAGAAGUUGACAGACCCUAUUUCAACUGUUGACGAUAAAAAUCAACUACUUCCAGCUUUUUUGAAGGUCAAAGGUUUAGUUAAACAACAUAUAGACUCCUACAAUUUCUUCGUGGAUCAUGAAAUUAAAGAAAUUGUCAAGGCCAACCGCACGCUCAGAAGCGAUGUUGACAGUAGCUUUUGGAUCGAAUUUAUAGAUAUUCGGGUUGCACCUCCGGAUCGUUCCGACUUCAGUGAAUAUAGGGUCGAAAAUGAUAUCACUCCUAUGGAAUGCCGCCUACGGGAUAUCACUUACUCUGCUAAGAUUCUUGUGGACAUUGCGUACACACGAGAGAAGCAGAAGAUUAUCCGUCGCAAUGUCGAGCUUGCUCGUAUGCCCGUUAUGUUGCGGAGCAACAAAUGCCGGCUAUACGGCGCAAACAAUGCCCAGAUGGAGCUUAUGAACGAAUGUCCCCUUGAUCCUGGCGGAUAUUUCAUCAUCAACGGCACGGAAAAGGUUAUUCUCGUCCAAGAGCAGCUAAGUAAGAACCGAGUCAUUGUCGAGGCAGAUGAAAAGAAUAGCAUAAUCACGGCUUCAGUAACGAGCUCUACGCACGAGAGAAAGUCCAAAACAUACGUUACCCUAAAGAAGGAUCGCAUUGUUCUUCAGCAUAACGUUCUCGUCGAAGCUAUACCUAUAGUUAUCAUCCUUAAAGCUCUUGGUGGUCUCACGGACUACGAGAUCAUGGAGCUCGUUACUGGCUCUGAUGGAAGGUUCCAGGAUGAUUUUGCUGUUAAUUUCGAGGAAGCAACCAGAGUUGGUGUAUUUACUCAGCAGCAAGCUUUAGAUUAUAUCGGAGCAAGAGUGAAGAUGGGCGGCCGAGCAAAACAGCCCGGAGGACCGCCACAAGCUCGGCGUAGUACCAUCGAGGAAGGUCUCGAUGCCUUAGCUAACCUCAUUAUUGCUCACAUACCAGUCGAGGGUCUAGACUUUUAUCCAAAAGCUAUCUAUAUCGCUCUCAUGGUCCGUCGAGUACUUAUGGCCCACUACAACCCUAAGCUUGUCGACGAUCGUGAUUUCGUGGGGAACAAGCGACUUGAGUUGGCAGGACAACUUCUGUCUUUGCUCUUCGAGGAUUUAUUCAAGAAUUUCAUGACUCAGCUCAAGUUCAACGUUGAGCACUCCCUUAGGAAGCAAAAUCGGGCAAUCGCCGUAGAUCCUCUGGUACAGGUUGGUGCUCAAGGAAAGCACAUCACUGAAGGUAUGAACCGUGCUAUUCAAACUGGAAAUUGGAGCGUGAAGCGAUUUAAGAUGGACCGUGCCGGUGUAACACACGUUCUGAGCCGUCUCAGCUACAUCAGCGCCCUCGGAAUGAUGACUCGUAUAAGCAGUCAAUUCGAAAAGACGAGGAAAGUCAGUGGUCCUCGUGCUCUACAGCCGUCACAGUGGGGUAUGCUUUGUCCGUCUGAUACACCCGAAGGUGAGGCAUGUGGUUUAAUUAAAAACUUGGCCCUCAUGACGCAUAUCACAACCAACGUGGAUGAAGAACCUGUUAAAAAGAUGGUGUUCACAUUGGACUCUGGGGUUGAGCCGCUCCGAUGCUUCUCCGGUGCUCAGAUGCAUAGGAAGGGUACGUAUAUCGUCCAUAUCAACGGUACUCCAUUUGCUCUAUCCCGAUACCCAAAGCGGUUUGCAGCUAAAUUCCGCACUAUGAGACGACGAGGGUGGAUAUCUCCAUUUGUCGGCAUUAACGUCAACGCUCAUCUCUCAGCUGUGCAUAUCGCAACCGAUGAAGGACGUAUCUGUCGACCGUACAUUAUUGUGAAGAACGGCGAGUCGAGAAUAAAGGAGAGUCAUCUUAGAUUGCUACAAGCUGGAAAGAUCACGUUUGAUGACUUUCUGAAGCAAGGCAUUGUCGAGUACCUCGACGUCAACGAAGAGAAUGAUACGCUAGUAGCGCUCUAUGAAAAAGAUAUCACGAAGGCGACAACACAUCUGGAAAUCGAGCCAUUCACGAUACUUGGCGCUGUGGCCGGCUUAAUUCCAUUCCCUCAUCACAACCAAUCCCCCAGAAAUACGUAUCAAUGUGCUAUGGGUUACGAUAUUGAAGAUGCCCUUGUUCUGAACAAGGCAUCCUGUGAUCGUGGAUUUGGACGAGUCCAGGUGUUUCGAAAAUACACGGCGGAUCUUCAAAAAUAUGCCAAUGGAAGCCGAGAAAGGAUCGGUGACAAGGAUGAAACUCAAUCCAAGUAUAAUGCGCUCUCCAAUGACGGGUUGGCCGAUGUAGGAUACCCCGUCAGUAAUGGUGACAUACUCAUCAAAAAGGAGAGCCCGGUAGACAUAGCACCAGUUGUCGGAGUAGGCCAUAGGACCCAAGAGUACCGCGAAACACCGUUAUCGUACCGACUCUCAGAUCCAGCUUACAUUGACAAAGUUAUGGUUACGCAGACCGAGAGAGAGACACAGCUCAUCAAGGUCCAAACGAGACAGACCAGAAGACCGGAAUUAGGCGACAAGUUUUCAUCUAGGCACGGUCAGAAAGGUGUUGUUGGAAUCAUUGUGGACCAGGAAGAUCUGCCGUUCUCGGAUUCAGGCCUCGUACCUGAUAUCAUCAUGAACCCUCACGGUUUCCCGUCUCGUAUGACAGUCGGCAAGUUACUAGAAUGCCUAACAGGAAAAGCCUCGAUAGUCAAGGGGCGUAAGGACUACGGAUAUGGCGAUGCCUUCAGGUCUCAUCCCCUCGAGGCCAUGAGCAGAGAACUAGUUGAUGCCGGGUUCUCUUGGGAAGGCAAAGAUUACUUCACCUCGGGAAUAACAGGCGAGCCACUCCAGGCUUACAUCUUCAAUGGACCCAUCUUCUACCAACGACUGAAGCACAUGGUCCAAGACAAGAUGCACUCCCGCUCGCGCGGACCCCGCGCCAUCCUCACCCGCCAACCUACCGAAGGUCGUUCCCGAGACGGCGGUCUGCGUCUCGGCGAAAUGGAACGCGAUUGUCUCAUCGCGUACGGCGCCUCGCAGCUCCUCCUCGAACGCCUAAUGAUCAGCUCCGACGCGACGGAGAUCGACAUCUGCGAGCGGUGCGGCUUGUUCGGGUACAAAGGCUACUGUAGCACGUGCCACAGCAGCCGCGAGGUCGCGCGCAUGACUAUGCCGUAUGCCGCCAAGUUGCUCAUACAGGAGCUCAUCAGCAUGAAUGUUGGCGUGCGACUACAGUUGGAAGACGAGUUUCCGCACCCGAGGUAG